UCCCUCUAUCAGUUCUAUUUGGAGACUUUUUGUGAAGUGUUCGCCAUACAGGUCGAUGGUGGUAUAGGUAGACUAUUCACUAGGACAUUGUUCCUGCACUCUCUCUUCUCUGAUAGCUCUGUUGUGUGGAUUGCAAUGGGCGGUUCUUAAGUAUAGUCUAGAGGGUGACACAGUAUGUGUUAGGAAAAAAGCUUCACAAAACAUGAGAACAACUUGGAUAAAGCCCUCAUCUGCACAGGGGCCGAAAACGCCUGUGCCCCUUCCUAGAACUAAAUUCACAAACAAUACCUCAACAGGGAACCCAACACAAGAUGGGGGAACUCUACAACAAGAAGCAAAGAAGGAAGAGUUGGGUGGUCAGACGAGUGGGACUAAAGAAAUUAUUACAAGAAGUCUUACUAGUCAAGGGAAGUUACCCGAUGCCACUGCAAAAAACAGCCCCCCUGAAAACGAGUCCUCGUCUGCAGAAAUGAUAAGUCCACCUCCUAAACCUCCUAGAACCUUCAUCUACACCAGUCCUGAAAGUACUCCUUCCAAUCGCCGCGUGGUUCGUCCAGCUUCUACGCCGCCCCAGCCUCCAAAACCCUCUCCUCGUAGAACUUUUGAAAUUACUGAGUCAACAGAGGUUAAUAAUUCAUCUAACGGGACUCCUCCUCGCCAGCAUGAGUCAAGACAUGGAGGAGAUAAACUGAAUAGGACUCCAGAGGACCAUCAACCUUCCCCUGGCGUGUUUCCUGUGUCGGAUUCAAAUGGCACGACAUCGCGCCCAUUGACGAUCUCUGCACCAACCUCCGGGACUAGUCAAGAGGCUAGGCCACAACCCAAAAGCCAUAGACGCCUCGGGACAUUUGUUCUUCCUCCACUGCCAUCACAGCCACCUCCUCUGCCUCCAACUGCCUCCCAGAGAAGAUCCUCCCAGCCGAAUUCAAUACACAAUAGUAAUCAAGCUCAUUCGGUGAACCAAACUGAGUCCAGAAAUGAAGCAGCAAAUUCAGCGAUAGUGCCAAGGAGGCCAGGCCAGGCCACCACCCAAGAGGCUGUGAUCACGCCAGGGGAGUUUGAAUGUUGUUGCAAGGAAGUCUUCAGCCGUGGCAAAAAGGCCCGGGCGUACAUGGAAAAUGGCCGAUACAUGGAGGCAGCAAACGAAUAUCAAAAGGCCCUUUCAGUGGUAGACAAGGUUCUGAAGACUCAAGUACUCUCCAUCACCACAGAUGAGACCACCAGACAGAAGUUUUUCCAGAUGCAGUCAGCUGUUUUCCUUAGCAGGAAAGAGGCUCUCAACGGCUUCAGCGACGCGCAGGCGGCAGUGGCGGCGCCCCGCGAGAUCCUUGAGGAGAGCACCACCCCCGGGGCACCGCCGACGUACGACGACGUUAUUCGGGAAGAUCAACAGCGAACCUCAGGUUUGCGUCCAUCAGUUCCGGUAAGACCACCGUCUAUUCGUCCUUCGGGACGUCCGCAACCCCCUGUACGUUGCCCACACCCGCGGCCACCUCAACCCCGCCAGCCCCAGGAGCAGCCUGCGCCUCCUAGCGUUCGCACCCGAGAACCUCAGUCUCUGCGCCAUCCAUCUCGAGAUCAACCACGCCCACACGAACCCCGUCGUGUGCCGAAUGCUCCACAAAACAGAUCCACGGCGCAUCGUCCUUCCUAUGACCGCAGUGUGACUCACCCUGCCCAUGACCCUCCUUCGCAUUCACCGUCCGGGAGGCCUCAAAACCCCAGCUUAUCACACAAGCGCUCACUCUCCCUUACGGAUGGUGACUUGAGGACUGAGAUGCUGGUGGAUUUGAGUGAUAAUCACCAGCUUUCCCAGCCCUUCCCAUCUCGCACAACAGCACCAGUGGAGCUCCGCCCUUUGGUUCCUGCGCGAAUGUCGUAUCCUCGGCCAAAAUCUCAAUAUCCUCCCCGAGCAGUGCAGGAAGUUCCAGUGAGACCAUCCAUAAGAUCAAGACCAAAAUCUUGCAUUCAGCCGGAUGAUCUGUCAUCCCUGUCAGAUAUAUCUUUCCAUCUGCCGGCCGGGGAUCCAGAGGGCCGACCAAAAUUAAAUCAGCACAUUGAUUUAUCGUUGCCCGUAUCAAAUUUGCGAAAAGAGUUUGGCCCGAAAGACAAAUCAGCACCUCAUACAGAAGAUGGUAUUAUUGCCGCUAACUCCACUCAAAGUACCACUGACAAGGGGGCAAAAGUCGUAGAACAUCUAGACAAUAAGAAAAUGGAUAAUGAAUGUGGAGCUACUGUUUCUGAAUCCCAAAUAUCUGUGCCUAAGAAGUGUGAUUCUAAAAAGCUUGAUGAAACAACCAAGCCAGUCUCCUUACGCCAAAGCCUGACAAGCUUGAGUGAUAACAGUUCGGAUGAAGGAGAUACAACCAAAGCUUUUGUUAAUGCACAACCAAAUAAACAACCUAACAUAAAUGAUGAAAUUGAUCAUAAACUAUCUAACAUAAAUGAUAAAAUUGAUCAUAAACUAUCUAACAUAUAUGAUGAAAUUGAUCAUAAACUACCGAACGUAAAUGAUAAAAUUGAUAGUGCCUUUGAUGACCUUGCACAAGAAUGUGAUAUAAGCAGUUCAGUCGAGAGUGAUUUCGAAAAAUUAAGCCUAACUGAGGGUGAAAAUAAAUCUAGGGGACCUUCAGAUCUGGUAUCUGAAAGUCCUUCUAUAACUUCCAAGUCACCUACGGCAAUCCUUGAUCCUUUUGCUGAUAUAGAUCCCUUCGUUUCCUUUACACCAAAAGAUGAAAACGACAAAUCUCUAUUCCCUGAAGAAUUUUCCUCUCUGCCUAUCACCAUCAACAAAGAUGCAGAACACAAACAGUUUUCAUUAGACGUUCAAGUAAGCUCAGAGAACAACAGACCUCACAAGAAGGUUGAUCGCCUCCUCACCCCUCUGAAGCCAAUCGCUGCGCCGGUAGAUAAGCUACAGCCACAUGAUUCUAAAACCACCGGGGCUGAAGAAGUAGAGUCCCGCGACUCGCUCACAGACGAACAAAGGGAAACACUCAUGGAUGCCCUUGACUUUGCCAUCUUCCAAACGCCAGGCCACGCGAGGGUUUCUCCUCAGAGAUCAAACUCGUCCGUUAAAGCUUCUAGGUGUAGGUCCGAGGACACACUUUUAGACUGCUCCUAUAACACUCUGGGGAUGUAUCUUCAGGCAUCGAAUAUGUGCGCCAGUAGAGCGUCUAUCAUUGAUGAGUUCGAUCCUCUGUCUGAACCAUCAGCUGAAUCCCCCGAGUCCAUUCCUACCAAGCCAGAUUCAGCUCAUUAUUCUGAUGGCGAAGACUGUCCCGAUGGAAUGACUGAAGAGGACACUGCAAACGAGCCAUAUUAUGCAGAACCAAAAAAAUUACUUCGAGAGAUAGAAGAUAGCUCCUCGGAACACUAUGAUGAAUUUGAUAGUAAUUUCGACUCCCGAAAUAUCACAGAGAAAGUGUCAGAGAUCUCAACCCAUUACUCAGCAGGUCAAGGUACCCAACAUGUCUACGCCAAUGCUAGGAUCAGAUCCUCUGUGUCCUCUUCUGUGGGAUCGUGGGCUUCCAGUGCCUCUUCAUCUCCCCCUCCACUGACUCCUUUCGCCGCGGAAUCAUGGACUCCUUGGGAACCUGAACCUCUUGAAACGGGUGUUGGAAGGUCCAAGUUCUAUUCCUCUCCAGUUAACAGCCAGGUCACCACGCCAGAGCCAGUGGCAGGGGCUUCUGCGAUCUUCCCCCCCUCUACCAUGCCCCCCAGCCCGCACCCCGGCCAAGGUUCCUUCCGCUCUGACUCACGCGAGCUGCUGCGGAUCCGCGAGGGAGUCAAGAUAUUCUUCAUUCAUGACGACAGCAUCGUGACGUCACCAUGGAACCGCCCAUAUCUUUCCAUUGUUAAAGACACCAAAAAAACGUGGCUCAUUGGCGAAGGUCUAACUGUUUUCGUGGGGGAUUCCCUGUGGCGGUCGUCCCUCAGUAAGAAGUCUACGCUCGUCUUGCGGACGGAGAAUGGAGUCUAUCUUUUCCAGGAGACCGCGGGAAAGCCUGAUUGCCGAGCAGUUGGCGUAAGGGUGCCGACAACAGUCAGGCGAGCCCAGCAUGAAUUAUUUGCACGAAUAAUACAGGAAAACACCAGGCUAGAAGACGAGCGCCCUUCGGGCAUUACCAAAGCCAUUUCGAAAGGGGCGUCAUCAGCAGCCUGCAAGAUGGAACAAAUGGCCAUGAAUAAAACGGACGUCGUCACCAAUCCUCCGUUUGUGAGGAGGAAUUCUAUCCGAGCGUUGAAGGGGGUAUCCAGAAGACUGCACGCUAUUGCAGAACGAACCGGAUACACCCAGCAGGAACUACCAGCCGAGUACUCCAACCUGCAAGAAGCUGCAAACGUCUUGCGAUAUGCCCGUACUGCCAAAAGUAUUCAAUACAUUUAAUCAAGACAUGACAUUCUCAGCCACGUUGAGCCGUGGGGAGGCAGCAGCACUUGGGGACGCGAGUCAGGCCCGAUCGGUGAAGCGCUAAGGAAUUUCUCUUGCCCUACAGCACACACAUACAUACACAGAGAGACACAGACAAACACACACGCACACACACAGGCACACAGGCACACAUAGGCACACAUAUGCACACAGGCCCACACAGGCAUACACAGGCACACAAACACAGGCACACACACGCACACACACG